UUAUGCAAAAGAAAUCAGAAGAAAGAAUUCGAAGUUGCCAUUAUCGGCGGUGGCAUUGCCGGAAUCGUGUUAGCGGUCUCACUUCUAAAAAGGAAUAUUCACUGCACCAUCUAUGAGAAGGCUCAUGUUUUCAAUGACAUUGGGGCUGGCCUUGGAAUUAGCCCCAAUGCUCAACGCGCCAUGGUAGUAUGCGACCCAACCGUGCAUAACGUGUUUAAGAAAGUGGCCAACGGCAACAUGUGGGAUUCAAAAAAGGACACUGUUUUUGAGUUUAUUGACGGCAGGAGCAGCGCCACUGAUACUGCCCCCUUUUUCGAGAUCAAAAACAGUACGGGGCUACAGGGUUGUCACAGAGUUUCAUUCGUAAAUGAGCUCUUACGCAUCUUACCCGCUAACAUGAUUCGCUUUAAUAAGCAGUUAGCGAAGGUCGAAGAUCAAGGCAAUAAUAGAGUACAACUGUUCUUCCAGGACGGGACCACUGAGGAGGCCGAUGCUAUCGUCGGCUGCGAUGGAAUCAAAUCAAAGAUGCGCGAACUAUUAGUUGGCCAAAACCACCCAUCGGCAAAGUGUUCGUAUACACACAAGUAUGCGUACAGGGGAAUGAUUCCUAUGCCCCAGGCAAUUGAGGUGUUAGGGGAGGAAAGAGCUCUCAAUGCCACGAUCUGGAUGGGGAAUGACAGGCAUUUACUUAGUUAUCCGGUUGCACACGGGACUAUCUUGAAUGUCGUGGCCUACUGUACAAGCUCCGAUGACUGGCCGAGUGAGACCCAACUAACUCUUCCUGCGACAAAGAAGGAUCUUCUCGAUGAUUUUGGGCACUUCACACCAUUGGGUUUGAAGAUCAUUGAUUGCGCCGAAAAGCUGGACAGAUGGGGUAUAUUCGACCUAGGAGAUCACCCCGUCCCAGCCUUUGCAAAGGGUCGAAUGUGUCUUAUCGGAGAUGCAGCUCAUGCAUCCUCGCCACACCAUGGUGCAGGAGCAGCUUUAUGCUUCGAGGAUGCUGCUGUGCUCGCGUCCCUCCUGGGCCACAAGAUGAUUCGAACAGGUGCUGACGUCAAGACCGCAUUUGCUUCUUUCGAUAUGAGUAGACGGGAUAGGGCACAAUGGGUUGUUCAGAAGUCUAGGCGAGCAGGUCAGCUAUACGAACUGCAAACUGAGAUAGGCAGUAACUUUGAAAAAAUGUCUCAAGAGCUAAGAGAGACAUUACCUACUAUUUGGGAAUUUUCAGUUGAGGAUGCUAUCAAGAAGGCUCUGGAUAACUUGGAAGGCCGUCUCAAAUAG